AUGAAGGGUCUUGUGUUCGCCGGCCUCUCGCUGGCGUCUGUCGUACUCGGAGCGCCAAGCUUGAACAGACGAGAUGUCGUGACGCCCCAGGAGUUCGAUGCCCUCAAGCUGUUCGCCCAGUGGUCCUCUGCCGCUUCGUGCAACGGCAAGAGGGCCGCUGGCCAGCCGGUGACCUGCGUUGAGGGCCAAUGCACCUUGUUUGAGUCCCAUGGCGCAACUGUCGUUGCCUCUUUCGGUGGUUCUCUCUUGGACAUGGAGGGUUUUGUCGGUAUCGACCCUGCGAGCAAGCAAAUCGUCGUCUCUUUCAGGGGGACCACCACCACCGCCAACACCAUCGCCGACCUUCUCGCCGUCCAAGUCCCCUGCGACUUCACCUCCGGCUGCCUCGUCCACACCGGCUUCUACGCCUCCUGGCUCGAAGUGGCCGACCGCGCUCACGCCGCCGUCACCGCCGCGCUCACCGCAAACCCCUCCUUCUCCGUGAUCUCCACGGGUCACUCCCUCGGCGGCGCCGUCGCCACCCUCGCCGCAGCCUCCCUCCGCGACGCCGGCGUCCCUGUCGACCUGUACACCUACGGUUCCCCGCGCGUCGGCAACCUCGCCUUCGCCGAAUACGUCACCGCCCAACCGGGCCGCGAAUACCGCGUCACCCACUCCGACGAUCCCGUCCCCCGCCUGCCGCCCCUCCUGCUCAACUACCGCCAUACCAGCCCGGAGUACUGGAUUGACGCGGGCUCCGACGGGGUGUUGACCACGGACGAGGUGAAGUACUGCGAGGGGUAUGCUAGCACCGGGUGCAACGCCGGCACGACCGCGUUGGAUUUUGAUGCGCAUAGCUGGUACUUCCAGCAGUUGAAGGGGUGUGCGGAUUCGGAUCCGCAGACGGGAGCGGUAAGCGAGGACACGAAAAAGCAGUUGACGGCGUAUGUUGAGGCGGACUUGAAGAUUGCCGUGUCGUUGAAGGCGAGGGGGGAUUUUUAG